UUGGUGUACCACGGGUGGGACUGCAAGGAAACACCAGGUGGGAGUGCUCCCCACCUGAGCUGCCUAGGCCCUGCUUCUCACCUUGGCUUAAACUGCACUGGGGGCAAGGGAACUUGGCUUUCAACUUUGCUAAGCAACCUGAUCUCAACCACACCUUCUCUGUUUUAUUCCUAGCUAUCAGUCAGUUAAAAACACAGGAUCCAAGAUGUUCUCUCUCCUCCUGUGGAUUGCAGCUGCCAGGCCUUGCUGUUUGCCCUUGUGGGGGCAGAGCCAGCCUUCCUUUCCCAUCCUGAAUCUUGGCCAUGGCCUCUCCCAAUUUCUUUGGCAGGGCAGGAGCUGGGAAUUGAACUGGCUUUGGCAAAGUUGGCUGUGGUACUGGGUCCACACUCCUGGAUAUGUGAGUCCACACUCCUGCCUGGAUGGCUGUGGGGCCUCACUGAGAGCACACAGAGGCAGCAGCAGCAACAAUCCUCCCCUCCCUUCCCCACACAGAGCAUGGCUCAGCUGCAUGGGAGGUGGUUACAUGCCACUAAGCUGUGGUGCAGAGCUGCUGCAAGCAGCUCGUAAUCUAAUUUAUUAAGGGUUUUGAAUCCUUACAAAGAGUAUGUUGGAUACAUGCAAAGCAUCUGCAUUAUUACAGUGAUUAGGGCAGCAGAGAUGGGGGAAAGGGGAAGGAGGGAAAAUACAAUUCCUGUGCUUUCAGCAGAAAAUAAAUCAACUUUCACAGAGAAUUCUGGCAAAGCCAAAGGCUGUGCUGUCAUUAAAAAUUAUUUUUUAUUAAGCUGAACUCUCUCUUCUCUCAUAUUGUAUGAUAUGACAGCUCUCUUUUGAUGGGAAAGCUUUCAUUUGGCCAGAGAAAGGGAUAAUUUGCUUCUUUUAAGGAGUUAAUCCUCUGGUCCAUUUCCGGGCUGGGAACAGCUAUCCUCCCCCUUCCUUGGAUAGGAGGCUGCAGCACAAUGGAGAUCAUAACCACCUCAAAUCUACACCCGAGAUGGAGAAAUCAGAUUUCCUUCUCCAGUCAUUUUUGUGGGAUUAGCUAAAUCUUAGAUCCACACUAACCCUUCACAAAGCUGCCAAGAUUAGUUAGAAUUUAUUUUAUUUGCAGGAGGGUUUACGGUUUUCUUUCCAAAGGGAUUAUAUCUCUCUCUAUAUAUAUAUAUAUUUAGAGUGGCUUCAGUCAUAACGCAGAUAGGUCAGAGGGAGGAAAAGAGUGCAUGUGUAUAAAAUAAAAACUCAGCUGCAAGAAUGACAGUCACUUGAAACGCCAAGACAAAGCCAUGGUUCUGGCUUUGCCUGUCCAUUUUAAAAACCACAGAAGCCGUCCUUUCCCUAGCAAACCCCCACUAGGGAGCCAGUGAAGGCAGAGCAGAGCCCCCCAGCUGGGCUGCCUGUUUCCCCAGCUGCUGCUGCUGGCACAGGAUGUCUGCAGAGCCAGUGCCAGGGGCUGAGGCUGGCAGGAGAGGCCUGAAGAAGCCACGUCCGUUCAGCAUCGAGGACAUCCUCUCCAGCCCCGUGGAGAAGAGCCCCCAGGUCUUGGUGCCACUGUGCCUACGGAGCAUCUUGGACUGCACACCCCAGAGGCUCUGUGAGCUGGAGACCACCCCAGCCAGCUCCCUGCAGGAGGAGGAGGAGGAGGAAGAGGAGGAAGAGCUGGAAGGGGCAGGCUGCAGCUGCUGCUGCUGCUCUCACACGAGUGCGCGUUCCCUGCAGGACCUGCCAGCCUGGCUGGACGCCUGGCUCCCCUGGCCCGUGCGGCUCCUCCGCCCGGCGCUCAGGGCCUGCAGGAGCUCGCAGCAGAAGGCGGGCGAGCUGCAGGCCCUGCAGCAGCUGCAGCGCCGCACGCGCCGGCACCGCACCAUCUUCACCGAGGAGCAGCUGCAGGCGCUGGAGACGCUGUUCCACCAGAACCAGUACCCGGACGUGGUCACCCGCGAGCACCUGGCCAGCCGCAUCCACCUGAAGGAGGAGCGCGUGGAGGUCUGGUUUAAGAACCGUCGGGCGAAGUGGCGGCAUCAGAAGAGGGCGACUGCCUCAGCACUGACCCUGCAGCCCAGGCAGCCCCCCAAGGAGAGCUGCUAGUGCCCACGGGCUGCAGAGAGCACCCAGCACCCACUGCCCUGGCUGACAGGGCACCCCGAGGGGGCUGUGCAGCAACAGGGAACCUCUGUGGUUCACACAGGGGGAGGACAGGUAAAAGCAGACACGGCACUGUCACAUGCCUCUUCCAAACCCAGUUCACAUGGCAAAUGCCUGGGCAGGCAGGACGUGCAAGGCACCGAGCUGUACCAGUGUUAAAUGUGUGUGCUUUAAGAGAAGGAGAAACUCCCCUUCUUGUCUUUGCUCUGUGCACGUAGUAUUUGUGCUUGUUUUAUUGAUGUAGAUUUGCAAAAUAUCCUGCAAAUGAACAUUUCCUGUUUGCAGCACCUCAGUGGCAUCUAGAGUUGCUUUUGGGGUUGAACUUGCUGGGCAAGCGAUUUGUUCUAUAUCAGAGAAAGGCGGGUGUGUCCCCACAGCCCGGGGAGAGGCGAUGGACGCGCGGCGGUGAGCGGCUGGCACGGGCCUGGCACGGGCCUGGCACGGGCCUGGCCCGCCUCAGCCCCGCGGCCAGACAGCCCCGCUCGCAAGGGGCCGUGCCCGUGUUCCCGGCGGGCCGAGGAGAGCCACGGGCUGGGAAACAGCGACAGCAAUAAAACUGCCCUGGCACCCUGCUCGGGAUCCCGCUCCGCCAGCCCGGGGCUCCUGAGGAGGGCUGAAGAGACGGGAGGGAUCCGCCCGCCGCCCCUCCCGUGUGUAUCCCCGGCUCUCAUCCCGUGUGUAUCCCGGUUCCCACCCCGGCUCCCAUCCCGUGUGUAUCCCGUUUCCAUCCCGGUUCCCAGCCCGGUUCCCAGCCCGGUUCCCAGCCCGGUUC